AUGUCGGAUGUGGCAGCAGCGCCAAAAUCGGUGACGGUUGAGGAAAUGACGGAGGAGGACGACGUCUCGGCGGCGGAGGCAGCAAUUGAGGAGCGGUGGAGUCUUUACGAGGCGUACAACGAAUUACACGCUUUGGCGCAGGAGUUGGAGACUCCGUUCGAAGCACCGGCGGUGCUUGUGGUGGGACAGCAGACGGACGGUAAAAGCGCGCUUGUGGAAGCUCUCAUGGGGUUUCAGUUCAACCACGUCGGCGGCGGGACCAAGACUCGCCGGCCCAUCACUCUCCACAUGAAGUACGAUCCUCAGUGCCAAUUCCCGCUUUGCCACCUCGGAUCCGAUGAUGAUCCUUCCGUCGCUCUCCCCAAAUCUCUCUCACAGAUUCAGGCAUAUAUUGAAGCUGAGAAUAUGAGGCUAGAGCAAGAGGCAUGCCCAUUCUCUGCUAAGGAGAUAAUUGUGAAAGUGCAGUAUAAGUAUUGCCCCAACCUUACCAUCAUUGAUACUCCUGGUCUUAUAGCUCCUGCUCCAGGACUCAAAAACCGAGCACUUCAGGUUCAAGCGCGAGCUGUGGAAGCUCUAGUCCGAGCAAAGAUGCAGCACAAAGAGUUUAUCAUUUUAUGCCUUGAAGACAGCAGUGACUGGAGCAUUGCAACUACUCGGAGGAUAGUAAUGCAAGUUGAUCCUGAGCUUUCUAGGACAAUAGUUGUUUCCACAAAGCUUGACACCAAAAUCCCUCAGUUCUCAUGUUCAUCAGACGUUGAAGUUUUCCUGUCCCCUCCUGCGAUCGCACUCGACAGCUCCUUAUUGGGGGAUUCCCCUUUUUUCACGUCUGUGCCUUCCGGAAGAGUUGGCUAUGGACAUGAUUCUGUAUAUAAGUCGAAUGACGAGUUCAAACAGGCAGUGUCACUUAGAGAAAUGGAAGACAUUGCAUCUUUGGAGAAGAAGUUGGGCCGUUUGCUGACAAAGCAGGAAAAAAAUAGGAUUGGUAUCAGUAAACUUAGGUUGUUUCUGGAAGAAUUACUCUGGAAAAGGUACAAAGAGAGUGUUCCAUUGAUCAUUCCACUCUUAGGAAAGGAGUACCGCAGUACAGUCAGAAAGCUGGAUACCGUCAGCAAGGAACUUAGCUCUUUAGACGAAGCAAAACUCAAAGAAAGAGGCAGGACUUUCCAUGAUCUCUUCCUAACUAAGUUAUCGCUGUUAUUGAAAGGAACAGUUGUGGCCCCUCCAGAUAAAUUUGGUGAAACAUUGCAAGAUGAAAGGACGCAAGGAGGAGCUUUUGUUGGUACUGAUGGUCUCCAGUUCCCACAUAAGCUAAUACCAAAUGCUGGGAUGCGUCUUUAUGGAGGUGCACAGUAUCACCGUGCCAUGGCUGAGUUCCGUUUUCUAGUUGGUGCUAUCAAAUGCCCCCCAAUAACACGGGAGGAAAUUGUAAAUGCAUGCGGAGUUGAGGACAUUCAUGAUGGAACAAACUAUUCCAGAACAGCUUGCGUCAUAGCAGUUGCAAAGGCUCGUGACACUUUUGAACCUUUCCUCCAUCAGUUAGGGGCGAGGCUUCUACACAUUCUCAAGAGAUUGCUUCCAAUUUCGGUUUAUCUUCUUCAGAAAGAAGGUGAGUACUUGAGUGGGCAUGAGGUGUUUCUCAAGCGGGUUGCUUCAGCUUUCAACAGUUUUGUGGAGUCCACAGAAAAAUCAUGCCGUGACAAAUGUAUGGAGGAUUUAGCAAGUACGACUCGCUAUGUUACGUGGUCUCUUCACAACAAGAACCGAGCUGGUUUACGUCAAUUCUUGGACUCAUUUGGCGGACCAGAGCAGCUCGCUGCAUCAGGUUCCAGCAUUCAGACGACAGAGAUGCGGUUGGCUGAUCUUCUCGAUAGCACGCUUUGGAAUCGCAAGCUUGCUCCUUCUUCUGAGAGGAUUGUGUACGCAUUGGUCCAACAGAUAUUCCAGGGCAUACGAGAAUACUUCCUAGCCUCAGCCGAGUUAAAGUUCAACUGUUUUCUUCUGAUGCCAAUCGUCGAUAAGUUACCAGCUCUUCUCCGGGAAGAGUUGGAAAACGCAUUUGAAGACGACCUCGAUAGUAUUUUCGACAUCACCAAUCUCCGGCAAUCACUUGAUCAAAAGAAACGGAGCACGGAGAUCGAGCUGAGAAGGAUAAAGAGGAUUAAAGAGAAAUUCAGAGUGAUGAAUGAGAAGCUAAACUCUCACGAAUUUGCUCAAAAUCUAAAGGCGCCUUCGUUGCAGCAGUGA